AUGAAGUACCUCCUCGCUUCCGCCGCCCUUGCGGCCGUCGCCCUCGCAACCCCGGUCCCCGACGCCGUUGCUACAGCGCCUGCUUCCUUCAAAAUCGCCAGAGUUGUCUAUGGUGGCUCUGGUUGCCCCCAGGGCUCGAUCAAUGUUGACUUCACCGACAGCAGACUUCUGCCCAUCUAUUUCGGCAAAGAUUUCACUGCUACAGCUGGCACCGGCGUCGAUGCCGUCGAAUCGCGCAAGAACUGCCAGAUCAAUCUUGACUUGCAAUUCAGCCCGGGCUUCCAAUAUACUGUGUUGAGUGCCGACUAUUCUGGAUGGGCAGAUCUAGAUUCAGGUGUGAAAGGGGUGGUGAGGGCGAAUUAUUACUUCUCGGGCGACGUGACAAGUGCAACAACAACAAUGGGAAUUAGCGGACCCUUCACUGGAAGGUACACCAAGCACGAUGAUAUUUCUGUGGCUGUCUGGUCUCCGUGCGGGAGUGAGGCAAUGCUAAACGUGAAUGCCGAUGUUUCCUUGACUCCACUGGGCGGUCCAGGCUCGGGAACUCUUGUUGCUCUUAAGGAAAGCGCGAGGUUCACCCAGUCAUUAUACAUUAAGUGGCGACAGUGCUAGGUCAAAGGAAGUUAGAGUACGUGUGUUUGUCGAAAAUUAUGAAAGGG